AGGAACAUAUAGUGUCCACGUGUUUGAGUGAUAGAGUUAGACUCAGCAUCUUAACAUAGUAUCUAUCCAUAGAUAGAAUAUGGCUGGCCCAAUGAGACCUCAGAUUGUGUUGUUUGGCUCCUCCAUAAUUCAAAUGAGCUUCGAUAAUGGUGGUUGGGGUGCUAUUCUAGCUAACUUGUAUGCUAGAAAGGCGGACAUCAUCUUGCGAGGAUACUCAGGUUGGAAUUCGAGGCGUGCUUUGGAGGUUCUGGAUGAAGUUUUCCCAAAGGAUGCUCAUCUGCAACCAUCAUUGGUAAUUGUGUACUUUGGUGGCAAUGAUUCUAUUGAUCCUCAUUCAUCUGGCCUUGGUCCUCAUGUACCCCUCGAAGAAUAUGUUGGAAACAUGAGGAGGAUUGCAAAUCAUCUUAAGAGCCUCUCGGAUCAUAUUCGCCUCAUAUUUCUCACCUCUCCUCCCAUCAAUGAAGAACAAAUACGCAAAAAGCUCAGUGCAACGCAGUCAGGAAGAACCAAUGAAUCAUGUGGAGUAUAUGCUGAGGCGUUAAUGGAGCUUUGUGAGGAGAUGAAUAUCAAGGCCAUUAAUCUGUGGUCUGCAAUUCAGACAAGGGAUGAUUGGUUAGACGUUAGUUUCACGGAUGGGGUUCAUCUAUCAGCAGAGGGAAGUAAGGUGGUAGUGAAGGAAAUAUUAAAGAUCCUAAGAGAAACAGAUUGGAAGCCAAGUCUGCAUUGGAUGUCACUGCCAACUGAAUAUUCAGAAGAUUCACCAUAUUAUCCUCCUAGUCCUGAUGGAACAACAACUAUAAAUGUGUCUCACAUUAUCUCCCGAAGGUGUUUGCAGUGGGAUAUAUAGAACUAUUUGUCUAUAUUUUGCAUACUAUAUAAAAGAGGCUCAAUUGUGUUGUGUGGAGUGGAGCCCUAGGAAGAGUGAUCUUUCCCCUACCCUUUGCUUUAUGGGAGUGCUUUUAUUAUUCUAUAUAUUGUCCUUUUUGUUCUGUAACAUGCUCUCAAUUUGUUAUUUAUAUAGAAUUCAA